AUGAACUGGCGGCGUCGCUCGACUCUAGGCCUGGCCAUCGAUUUUCCCACACUGAAUGUGCUAGGAUUCGUCUGCUACACGAUAUCGACCUGCUGUUUCCUAUGUUCACCGACCGUCCGGGCGCAAUAUGCCGCGAGGCAUCCGGCCUCCCCAAAGCCCACUGUACAACUCAACGAUUUGGCCUUCGGAGUGCAUGCAGUCAUCAUGGUAAUCUUGAUCUAUUCACAAUUCUACCGGUGGCCUUGGUAUUUUAAAGUGUCUUCCCAUCAGCGCGCCAGCAGACCCGUGUUAGGAAUUGUCUGGGGAAGCAUUGUCGCCAUUGCCGUUGUCGUUAUGGUGGUGUUCUGUCGCUCAGGUUGGCAACAGCAAGACCCAUUAGAUUGGGCCUGGAUUGAUGUGGUGUAUACAUUGGGCUAUGUCAAGCUCAUUUGCACCUUCGUCAAGUACAUUCCACAGGCCUGGGUCAACUACAAGCGCAAAUCGACUCAGGGAUGGAGUAUCAUGCAGAUCCUUUUCGAUUUCACCGGUGGCGUUCUGUCACUAUUGCAGCUGGUCAUUGAUGCCAGUCUGCAAGCUGACUGGAGUGGUAUCACCGGAAACCCCCUUAAGCUGGGGCUGUCCAAUAUCAGCAUCGCCUUUGACGUUAUCUUUAUCGUGCAGCAUUACCUGCUUUAUCGUGGCCAGAACGAUGUUUCUAUAGAGGUGGAUGAAGACUCCCAGCGGCCGCUGCUCGCCCAAUGA